AUGGUGGGGAAGGCGGCGGCGGUGGAUCCGACAAUUGGGAGGGCUGCGCCAACGGAUCCGGAAGACGGCUCAGGCGACGGCGGUGGCGACAGGCUCGGCAGCGGCGGCGUCGGGGGGCUCAGCGGCACCGGAUCCUGUGGUGGGGAAGGCGGCGGCGGCGGAUCCGACGAUGGGGAGGGCUGCGCCGACGGAUCCGGAGGCGGCCCGACCGUCCGUCGUCGUCCCCGAAGCUCUCCCGCCUCAACUCCGUGCUCCAACCCUGAUGCCGUGCUCGCCCUCCUCUCCACCGGCCUAUGUGCGGACCUCGCUGCCGUCGUCGUCGCCGAGCCGCGGGUGCUCUGCGCGAAGGACGACGCCAUCAGCCGCCGCAUCGCGUCCCUCCGCGACCGCGCCGGCCUGUCCCUCUCCCUCUCCCAAAAUUUUCUCAGAAUUACCAGAAAUGUUGUGACUGAAAUACCAUGA